AUGGUCGACCAAAUCUGUGUCUCGUUCAUCCUGCAGAUCAGGCUUUAUCCCUACUUGGUGCUGGGAGGUUCGCUUUUGAUGCCCAAGGAGAUGGAUUCCAAAGACCCAGGAGCCUUGGCCAUCCUCGCAGCACAGGACCAAGCCGAUCCCAAGCUUUGCUUCGGCGCGCUGCGGCGGAUCAAUUUGGGGGGUGAAGCAGUGAACCAGAGGCUCUUGGAGCGGACCGCUUCGCGCUUCGACUCGAGCCGACUCUUCGUCACCUACGGCCCAACGGAAGCUGCCGUGGACACCACGACCGCAGAGUUCACGGCCGGUCCGGGCGGUAUGGACGGUACCGGCGGUACGCGCGUGCAUCGGUGCAUCGGGUGGCCGGAUGCCUACCGUGCAGUGCACCUGGAGGGCGAGGGUGGAGAGGACGAUGGGCUGGUGGUGUUGGGUAGCGUGGGGAUGUUGAAGGUGGCAGGACCAGGGCUGGCGCUGGGCUAUCUGCAGGUCGAGCAGGCUGAGGUCUUCAUGGAUGCGCAGUGUGGUGCAGGAAAGCACUACAAGACGGGAGAUUUGGUGCGAUGGGGGAAGGAGGGCUUGGAGUUCCUAGGAAGACGAGACUCACAGGUGAAAGUGCACGGCCACAGGAUCGAACUGGAAGAAAUCGAAUCUGCACUGAAGACGUGCCCAGGUGUGGCGGAGGCGGCCGUGCUGUUGGCCGCGCCGGGUGGUGUCGAGCCGGAGGAGCCGGUGCUGGUGGCCUUCGUGAGCCGCUCGGAGGAGUGGUUGGCUCCGCCCUCGCUGCACGCGCUUCCAGCGCCGCUGCGGCCGCGGCACGUGGUACCCAUCACAGCGUGGCCGCGGAGUCCCACGGGGAAGUUGGACCGACAGCGCUUGGCGCAGGAGGAGGGGCGUGCGGAGACACAGGACUUCUCGGAGAAGGGGCGAUGCUUCCUGGAUCUCUUGGGACAGCUCUUGCGGAAGGAUCUGCGUGCCGCGGAGCUUCAGCAGAGCUUCCUGCGCCUCGGGGGGGACUCGGUGUUGGCGAUUCGGCUCUCGGCCAAGCUCCGGGAGCAGCAGAUCUACGUGACACCGGGAAGGAUGAUGGGCUCCAGCUCCGUCUGGCAUUUGGCGUCGGAGAUGGAUGCGGUGACAAGCGGAAGCGCGAAGUGCUUGGAAGUGGCCGAAGGUGUGGAAGGAGAUUCGCGGGAUUUGGAAGGAAGAUAA